AUGCUGGCUCAACUGUCAGCUGAACCUCUUGCCAUUGCCUGUGCGGUAUUGCUGGUGGGCGCCUCGGCCUGUCUUAUGACGCAAUGGAUGAGGCUUGAGGUUCACAUACGUAAGAUAGGCGCAACCCGCGCGCCCAGCGUUGCGGGCAACCCUUUGACUGCUUCCAUAUGGUUCUUUUCCGCGGCCAAGGCGCAGACGAGGAAUCGGCUUCUGGAUUUCUUCAAUGGUCUCUACGACGCUGCAACCCCCGAGUGCCCCAACUGUGUAGGGGUUUCAGCGAUGCCAUGGGGAAGAUACCUACUCACUAGGGACCCAGAGCAUAUAAAGGUGGUGCUGACGACGCAGUUUUCGGAUUUCGGCAAGGGACGGCGUGGUGGCCUGAUUAGGCCAAUGUUCGUCAAGGACAGGAUUAGUGACCUAGAGACGUUCGAGAAAGGGGCCUCUGCGUUUCUUUCCAAGCUUCCGUCCUCGGGAAAGACGGUCGAUAUCAUGGAUCUCCUGUACCGGAUGACUCUUGAUGUCACGACGGACUUUCUUCUCGGGGCCAGUGUCGAUAGCUUAGACAACCCCCGGAACGAAUUUGCGGGAGCGUUUAGCGACGUCCAGAGAAUCCAGAUGAUGCUCACGACAGUUGGACCGUUCAAACUCUUCGUUCCCCAGGGCCGCUACAAUCGUGGAAUCCAGGCCAUUGACCGAUUCAUAAUGCCUUACAUCGAGCAGGCAAUGGCCUUGCCGCAAGACGAGCUCGAGAAGCUAUCGAACUCCGACAAGCACUUUACGUUUCUGUAUAGCAUCGCCCGCUAUACUCGCAAUCGCCGGGCCCUCCGCGACCAGAUCAUCGCGGUCCUCCUAGCGGGGCGGGACACGACGGCGGCAACGUUGUCCUGGGCGUUCUACGAGCUGUCUCACUUCCCGGACAAAUACAAGAAGUUGCGGGACGAGGUCCUUGCCUUCGUCGGCCGAACGCGAACCCCGACAUACGAGGAUAUUAAGGAGAUGGCGUACAUGCGUUACACCCUGAACGAGACCUUGAGGCUCUACCCGGCGGUGCCGUAUAACCUGCGAGCCGCGCUCGAGGAUACGACACUCCCAUCCACGCCGGGCCAGCCACCUCUUUUCGUAGCAAAGGGCGACAUGGUCAUCUAUAGCGUGCUCGCUAUGCAACGGCGCAAGGAUCUGUACCCGCCGACGUCAGAGACGUUCGAGGACCCGGCCGUCUUCUCGCCCGAGAGAUGGGAGAACUGGAGGCCGAAGCCGUGGCAGUAUGUGCCCUUCAACGGCGGACCCCGAAUCUGUGUGGGCCAAAAUUUCGCCAUGACCGAGAUGGCGUACUGCAUGGUAAGAAUCCUACAGAAGUACGACCGUCUGGAGUAUCGCGGAGAUUGGCACGCGCAGCUACACGAAGCAGAGAUUGUCGGGAAGCCGAGCCAAGGUGUCAAGGUAGCUCUAUACGAAGAAUGCUCAUGA